AUGUCCACUUCUACUUUCCGUCUUAACGAACCUGAAAAUAACAUCCAUAGCUGUCAAUACCGCGACAAGGUUUAUGCAACUAACUCAAACCUUCACCGACAUAUUCGUGAAAAGCAUACACAGCAAGUACCUCAAAACUUCCCUGCUGAGUCGAUGUACGAAUCGCGUGAAACCGAGGAUAGCGAUCUUGGAGACGAAGGAGAUGACUUUGAUGAUACUUCGGUUAUCGAUCAAGGACUUCUUCUACCUUGA